UAUACAAAAUUUUAAAAAAAUGGCGAUUGUCAAACGAAAAAGAAAAACAGAAGGAUAUUUUCAGCCUAUAUCUGUCAUAUUAGUGAAACUUUGGUAAUAAUGGACUUGAAUUUAACUUCUGAACGACAAAAGGCAUUAUCUGUAAGUAGUUUAGUUGACGAAGACGAUACGAAAGACAGUAAACAACCGUUAGCACUCUCAGAGCAUCAUCGGGAAGUGAGUCGAAGUUUAUAUUUAUCGCCAAACGUCAAACCGAUUAGUCCUGUAGAGGUUAUAGCUGAUGCUCCAUUGAAAUCAAAUUCACUACCAAAACGUAAAAAGAGGUCGCGACCAAGCUUUAAAUCUGUAAUCAAUCUUAUGAGUCGCAUUAAAAAUUCUUCAAGUGCUGAAAAAACCACUGUGGAGAGCGGUGGUCCAAAAGGAGGAUGGACACCUUCAAUGCCGCGGAGGAGUGGGACAUCAAAUGGGAAACAGACAAGUGAUUCAACAUCUCGCUUCCUUCUGAACCGCCCUACUAAUAGUGUGUGGAGCGUUGUGCCUGGAACUGUUGGUAUCCCAAAUCUUGGAAACACUUGUUUUAUGAAUGCUGUGAUACAGUGUCUAAGUAACACUGAUUGGUUUUCCAGGUACUUUAUAACAAAGCAAUACAAGGAUGACAUGAAAAGUAAACCAUUUUCUAAAAAGUUUGCCAUUCAAAAGAGUGAUGUUGCAGAACAGCUAGGGAAAUUAUUAGAAUGUCUGUGGCAUAAUAGCUUAAGUGGUAUUGGAGAUGUAUCAAGUGGUUUCAAAAGCAUUGUAGGGAAGAACAACAGUCAGUACAAGGGAACAGAACAACAUGACUCUCAGGAAUUUUUUCUUUGGCUUCUAGACCGACUAAAUGAGGACAUUUUUACUAGCUACAAGAAAAAAGAGAAGACAAAAAGGCUUAGCACAUCAGAAAUCUCUGAUGAGACUGCAGCCAAAGAGGUGAUGCAGCAGAACAGUGGGUGUAUGCUGUACAAUCUGUUCCAGGCCCUCUACAGAUCCUCACUGCAGUGUCCAAAAUGUCAGAAGCUUAGCAAUACAUUCGAAUCCUAUCUAUGUCUUUCCUUGCCAUUGCCUGUUCGUACCUCGAGGCCAGUAUAUGUGAUCUAUGUUGCCAGAGACAUUGAACCGAUGCAGAUUAAAAUUGGAUUAACGUUAAAUGUGCAUGACACUAUCAGGGAAUUAAGGGACUCGAUAGCUUCCUCAAUGAAAAUUUCUCCAUCAAUGAUUGUGCUGUGUCAGAUAUUUGAAGAUGGUUUCAAGAGUCGAUAUUGUGAUGACCAGCCCCUUACAGAUAUAUCAGAGAGUGAGCCUGUGUAUGCCAUCGAAACCUUGCCCCCACCAAGUCAGGACAGCAGCUCCGAGGAAUUUGAGUCUUCCUACACACAGUUGAUUGUUGUCAACACAGAAAGGAGGUCAUCCCCUACCAGAUAUGCACGGUUUUGUGCUCCUGUAAUUCUGUGUGUACCUAGAGACAUAGACUACAGGAGUCUGCAAAGGAAAAUUCUUCAUGCAAUUGGAGAAUGUGUACGGGAAGGACUCUUGGCACAGAAGUUGGAUGUGUUAUUUCGCUUGCGUCUUGUGGAUGAGUUUUCUGGAAAAAGAUACUACUUACAAGAUGACCAAGAAAUCAUGCCUCUUUUUACACAAGCAGUUGAAAGUGCUCUUACAUAUGGAGCUGAAUAUGGCCCUCAACAUUUAGAACUUGUUGCAGAAUGGGAACCGGCUGUUAAAGAAAGAGUAAUUAUCAAGGACAAUGAUGUGAUUCAUGAAGAUCCGAGUGUGAAGAAAGUUCGCGCGACCCAGCAGCAGCCAUUAAAAGUCUCCCUAGAGGAAUGCCUCCAGCUGUUUACCCGGGAUGAAAAGCUGAGUGGUGAUGAUGCGUGGGAAUGUCCACACUGUCACAAGCAGCAGAAGGGAGCCACAAAGACUAUUGGGCUGUGGUCGCUACCCGAUGUAUUGGUCAUCCAUCUCAAACGCUUCAGACAGGUUGGCCUACGCAGAACCAAGCUGAGUACCCUGGUGGACUUCCCUGUCAGAGACCUCGACAUGUCACCGCAUGUUGUGAGGCGACAUUACAAUGAUGGAGAUGGAACAGAAAUGGUUUAUGAGCUCAGCGGUGUCCUAAAUCAUUAUGGCAACAUGCAGGGCGGCCAUUAUACAGCUUUUUGCAAGAAUCCAGUGGAUGGUAAAUGGUAUGAGUUUGAUGACUCCAAGGUCAAGCCAAUGGCUGAAGCUGAAGUGAAAACCUCCUCUGCUUACUUGUUAUUUUACCAGAGGAAGGGUGUGAUGAAUAGUGUACGAGAGGACCUAGAGACCGGCUAUCACUGGAUCUACAAACUGUAUCCCAAUGCAUUCAAAAGUGUAACUAAAAAUCUAAACAGAAACUCCAAUAAUUCACAGCCAACAGAAAACAUCAUUGACCAAGAUAUUCCUCCCCAUCUAACCUCUCCUGAGCAUUCUCCUCUGAUCAAAAUCCAUACCCCACCAAAUCGUGUUCACACCUCCCCUGCUAAAACUCAAGAUGGCACUCUCCAAAGAUCCGACUCAGAACCUAGCAUUUGUAGAAACGAUGUCAAACACAUCAAAACAAACUCAAAUUUAGAAACGACAGAUUAUUUACCUGAUAAAGCGUGGAGAAAUGAUGAGGCUAGUGAUGUACUAGUGAGGCCAAGUCAACUGAAGACCACACAGAAAAAAGCAGAUGUGCAAAGGGAGGCCGUUUUUACAGCAAAGAGUGACAUAAACAAUAAGAAACCAUACGAUCAUAACAAAUACACAGAAAAAAGAAGGGAGCAAUCAUCCCCAGUAAAACAGCCCCUGCCAGCAGAAAGCAAUGAGAGGAAGCAUGCUGUUAGUAGUGGACUGACUGUUAAGUUGCCAGACAAAGAAGUCUUCAUUGUCAGACAGAAUCACAAAACUGGUCAGACAACAUAUGAACCUUUCAAGACACAUGUUGAAAAUCAUGCUCAUCUUGAGAAUCAGGCUAAACAGAGGAAUAUUUCUCAUAGCAAUGGAAGCUCCACUGGUAAACAAGACCCAGAGGAGAGAAGAAUCUCAGCUUCUCAGAAUAGACAUGUAAGUGACCAUCAAGAUGACGUGGAUGUGCCAUUAGGGCCAAGGUCAUUCCCUCCUUCCAUUCCAUCAAGAAUUGUGUCAACAAAUGACAAUUUUUCUCCACAUCAUGGCAGUGUGUGGCCAAAUAAAGAUGAACCCCUUUCACCAAUUGAUUACAACAGGCAACUGUCUAAUCCAGCACGGAGUGGAUAUGUUGCAAAAGAAGCUGCUAAAAAGCCACAAUUCAAACGAAGCAAAAGCCAAAUAAGAUACCAUGAGCUGGAACAAAACUCAAUAAAUGACCUAAAAAGCCAAGGUGUUGAUUCAAGAAAUAGCAUUACAACAAACAAUAAAUUUGCCACCAUUGCUCGGGUAAACCAGAGGGUCCAUGAGGGCGAGCUCAGUGAUUCCCCAGUUGUGAGAUCAUUGACAGACAGCAGCCUCAUCCAGAAUGCCAUUGCUCCCAUCCACCGCAACAAGCAGGAGAAUAUUGGAGUACCACCCAGACAGAUCGUGGAGAUAACGGACUCCAUCCCCAGCUCACCCCACCUCCACCAGGCCGGCUCUAGGAGACCAGUAUACGACGGUGUCCAGCAUACAGACUCCAUCUCUUUCGUGGAGGGUUUCCCCCGUUAUCAGCCCCACAAACAUUACCGGAAAACCCCCAACAGAGAGGAGCAGGAUAACCUUAAAAAGGAGAAACUCUACUCGCCCUGUCUGAAAGAGUCGUCAGUGUAAACAAAUGAACAUGUUUUUUAAAAACAAUCGAGUACAGAACUGUUUUAGUAUUUUGAUUUUGUUAGCUAUUUUACAGUUUUGUUUUUUGUCAUAUUAUCAGAUUUUGUCUUUACUAGAUUUGAUUAAAAACAUAUAAGUAACUUGAAUUUAAUAGCACUGUGAAAUUUCAUCUUAUUAAUAACAUUGUCAUAAAGAUUGAUUUCAUUUUUUCGUAACUUUUAUCAUAACUUGUAUUAAUCUUCAUUGUAAAUGGAAGUUUAAUGACUUAAACAGUAUUGUUUUUAUAGAUAUUGAGACAAUUCAGCAUCAUCUUAAUUAGUGCAUUAUUUUCACUCAGUGUUUAUUAGAUUUGAAUGUUAAGUAAAAGAAUAAUUACCAGGAUAUUACUAGUACCGGUAAUCUCAGAAAAAUGUUUGUACUUUAGAUAAAUAAUCUAAUUGAUUUAGAUUAUGAAAUUGAAAUGGAGCUUAUAAACAUAGCUAUCUUGUAUCAUGUUUUAAAAGUAAAUAAGUGGUCAACAGAUGUGCAAUUUUAAAAAUGCAUUGAUUUUACCUUAUGAACUACCUACCAUAUAAUACGAUUCGUAGUUGGAUUAAGGUACAAAAUUCUUGCAGUUAUCUACUACACAAGUUUAGGUGUUUGUAUCAGUUUGUGUAACGGAACAGUUUUGAUUGUCAUCUAAAGGAUGAAGUAAGUAGACCAGUUUUUUUUGUUUUUAAAGUAAUGUAAAUACAGCUAUUGCACCUUUUGUGAUUUAAAAAUUUUCAGCCUCAAUGUGCAAGGUUGUAUACUACUUAAAGAUUUGUUCUGGAUUUGUAUUGUUUUGUUUUUGUUUGUUAUUAAUUAUAUAAUUAUAAUAGCAUAUAUAUUAUAUGGUUAGUGACAUUUUUAUUUUAUGUAUUUUGGAUUCCUGAUGUUGUGAGAAUGUGGUACAGCAUUUGAACAGAUUAUAGACAAGUUAGGACUUGUUAAUUGUUUUUGGUGGUAUAUUAUACAACGAUGAUUAAUUGUACAAGAUGUUUAUAAUAUGCUUUGCAGCAAAAUCAAAGACUGAUAUCAUUUUCAUUUCAUCCAUGUUUAGGUAUGGUAACUAAAUGUACUGUUAUUGUGUCAGAUUUGUAGCAAUAGAACUGGCGAAAAAACAGUCUUGGUGAAUUCCAGAAACCAAAUACUAAAUAUUUUGAUGGGAUAGUGCACAGAAGGUUUGUUUGUGCAUUUCUUUAGUAAUCUAUGUUCAGUUGGCUUGCUAUAGGAUGCUCAGAUCUUUCGGCCUACUGUUAUACAUGUAUUAUUAUGUUUAGAGCAGAAAGUGCAGGGUUGGUAAAGAGUUAAUCCAAUGGGUUGAAACUUUCACUGUUUAUUGUGCAAUAUUUAAGUGCUUUGUUACUUUUUGAGUUAUCUCGUAAUUUAUAUUAAGGGUUCUAGAUUGCUAAAUCAGUUGGAGAUAGCUUGCAUCUAAAACAUUCCAUUGUAUAAACAUAUAAAUCAUUAUUACACAUAAAGUUGUGAAGUUGUUGUGAUAUUUCUAUACAAAUUUAUGUCGUUCUUGUAUAGGACAGUUUAUGAAUCAUAAAUGGCAUUAUCAUUACUUGUACAGUAGAUACACUUGCUGCAUUUUCUUAUUUUCACUCAGUUCUUGUUCACAUUUUUAGAUGUCAGAUUGGUGCAUUGAUUACUAUGAUCCUUAUAUCAUUCCACAUUUAAAAGGUUGUGUCCUUGAUAUUUUCUGGGUUUUAAAAUAUUUUUUACAUUAAAUUUUGGCUAUUUUAAGAUAUACAUGUAUAUUAGAAGAAGAAUUAUCUGAUUGAAAAUGAUCAAGAUUCCACAAUGCAUCAAUUAUUGUAGUUUACAUGUAUGUUUUAAAAGAAUUGUGUAAUUGUAUUGGAGUAUUCUUUUUCCAGAGCACAUUCCAUGUGCAUGACAUUGCAAUCUCUCUGCAAUAAUUAAGCAUUAUUUCAAAACUUUUUAUCUAUUGAAGCAUAUAUUGUAAGAAGCUGUAGAAUAACUGGCACUUCAAAAACAUAUUAAAAAUCAGGGAGACUUUAUCUUUAGGCUGUAGCUUACACAGUCCAUUGUAUUAUCAUUUUAUUUUCGCUAUGAUAUCGGAUUAUUUAAUAAUGUUCAGUGGUAUAUAUGCAGACGUUAAAUUUUUUCCACCAAAAAUUCCAAUUGUAAAUUCAUUUGCAAAUUUAAAGUUUUGAAAAUUUAACAUACUAAAUGUACAUAAAACAAUUACUCAUAAUUGUCUUCCCUUUAUGAAGGGGAUGGAAUGAGAACAUGGUUAAGAUAUAAGUAAACAUAUCAAGGAUAUCAACCUGUAAUCAAGGGUUAAGUUCACUCUCUUGUUUAUAACUUUCUUAUUUAAUUAUCUCAACUAAUACAAGUAUGGUUGACAUUGUUAUUACGAGGAAUAUGGGUAGGAAAGACAAUUUUAUAUAAAUGACGGUGCCAUAUUGGAAUAUUUGUUAGCUCCCUUGUACCAUAGUUAAACAUGAAAUGAUUGUACCAGGAAUAGGCCCAGAUCUACAUGUAGGUCAUGUUGUAGUGUUUACCAAUAUCUCAGUGUUUUAUAAGAUGUUUUAUUUCUGCCAGUCAGAUAAACUUUAUUAAGCGGGUAUCAAUUUGUAUCUAAAGAUUUUUACCACUAACAAUUAAUUUAAGUCAUUCCAACUUUCCUCUGAAAAUUGUUUGGUUUAACCACUGGAGCCACUUUUAAAACAUUGUUUGUGUGCCCUCUUCUGACCAAUUGAGGAAAUGUAGCCAACUCCAAAUAUUUUUAUUUACCUUCUGAGAAUUCUCUUUUCUUUUUUUUCAUUUGAAUACUGGGUAGAUUUGAAGAUCUAGGUUCAUUUAAGGAAUGCAUGGUUUCAAGUUGUUCAUGUAUUUUUGAAGAAUAAAUAAUAUAAAUAAGAAUGAGUCUCCCUGUCUACCAACCCAAAGCUUGAACACCAAGUUUGGGGAGACAUACAAUUUAAAAUUCUUUAAAAGUGGCCUGACAUAUACAACGCUGUAUCUUCAGUUUUAUAUAGGUAGACAUUCCAACAUUGUUAUUUGUUCUGUUGGUUGAUAUCUCUUAUUGAUGACUCAUUCCACAUUUUGUUGAAUUCACUUUGUCAAACUUUAGUGAUGUACAUACCAGAACACAUGUAAAUGUAUGACAAGGAAAUAAAUAGAAAUAAUGAAAUUUA